AUCUCUAAUGCCUGCGACAGGUUGCUCCUUGGUGGCAUAGAACGUAUAUUAUUGGGACACACUGACCUCCUGUCCCAAUUUUUUUAUUUACACAAUUCGGACAUUUUCAUGCUGACAAUACGUUGCGUCACUCUUUCUUUUCUCAACUUAUCAUCGGCACAAUGCGCUACUGAGCCAUCAAGCAGAUUGAAUGAAUGAGAAGUUUUCAUUGCGCCGAUGUAGACUCUAAUUCUCUCUCUCUCUCUCACUCUCUAUCGUUACGUCUAUCGUCGCGACGGAGGGCCGAACCAACGUCGACCAACCAGGAUCAUUUCAAACGACAGAGUACUCUCAGACUUCUCCGCGUUCACAUCCAUUUGAAAAAUACAUUUUACGGUCUAUUCGAUAAAAAGUGUUUUGAUUCAAAAGUGAUAAUUAACUGACAAAAAUACGGAUUUAAAAAAAAUUAUAUUCGAGAAGAAGAAGACAAAGAGAAUUAAUUUGUCAAAUUUCCAAACUAUUUCUAAAACACUCGAAAAAGCAUAAAAAUAAUAACAAAAAAAAAAGAUAACAAAAGGACUGAAUGUUAUUGCAAAAAUUUGAGUGUUGCGGCGACGCGAGAGGUGCGCGUGCGGACGUUAAGAUUGAAAUUGAAUAGUCCACAAGAGGGAGGAAGAGAGCGAGAGCGAGAGAGAUAGAAAGAGAAAAAGAGAGAUCCGUUAAAGAGACUCCAGAUUGGAUGUUCGAGUGACUGUGUGAUAAGUGAGAGAGAAAUUGAACUUUCAAGUUCGGUCAGUGUAAUAAUAACGUACAUGCGGGUUCCAUUAAAAGCAGAAAACGAUUUUUAUCAAAAUCUUUGUUAUGUCGAGAUAAUAGUCUGAAGUAUUAUUUCGAUAAAUCGACUUCAUCUUCACGAGAAAAGUGUUUUUUUUUGCGCCAAAAAAAUUCAAAAAAUUCAACAAAAAAAAAAUUAUAGUGUCAUUUCGAUCGAGAAUCGAAGAAAACUCACAAGUGCGACGAGAUGAAAUUGUACAGGAUCUUUUUUAUCCUCAUUUUGAGCGUCACAUAUUGCAUUGCAAAUUCUUUAAAUUUGAUGAAUAGAAAUCAUCAUUUUUUGUGCCCUGAGUUAAGAUCGCAGGAAUCACUUGGUUUUAAAGAGAUAAUGGGCAAGUGGUACGUUGUCGAAAUUUUGGAGCAUAUGCAGGAAAAUAGUCCACUUCAAAAUCAGUAUGCAGUUUUUGAGAGUAAUACUUGUCCAAUUAUUCAUCUGAAAUCAACUAAUCCAGGUUCAUUGAAAUUAUUUUGGAGCGAGGAGGCUGGAGAUGUGGCCUAUCAUUUUUUUUUUCAACCCGAACGUGAGGGAUCUUGGUACACCGAAAUCAAACAAAACGGUACAUUGGUGGACUACAAUUAUUUGCAAUUUUACGGUAAGGUUUACGUGAUGAAAGCCGUGGGAACGCACAUGGUCCUGACAUUCUGCUCAUCAUCAACAGAUCAACAUCCUGGACUACUCUAUUCUGUAUUAAUGUCUCGUGAUCAUAUUUUAAGUAUCAAUGACAUUAAUGGAGUGCACAAAUUAUUAAAUCGACGUGAUUUAAAAAUAUCAAAAAUCAAAAAAUCAUGCGCCAAUGGUGGCGCUAAUUCGCAAAUAAUAAGUAAUUUUAAUUUCGGUUGGCUGGUCCUACUGGGAAUUAUCACGUCUUCCGGCCUCUUUUCAAGUUUCACUUGGCAUUAAUUAAUUCUUUUUUUUUAUCAUUUUCGGAAAAAAAAAGAUAUCGAUAUUCGACGCGAGACUCGCGCUUAGAAUAUAAUUGUUCGAAAUUCAGAGUGCAUGAAAAGUCACUUUCCUGGAAUAUCGGAUUUGAAAAGCAAUUCUGACAUGAUUCAAGAUCCUUGAGAUUUUAAAAUCGAAUCCUACAAAUCACUCCUCGGGAUCUUUGACACAGUCAAUCUUUUGACAUUACGUGAUUCGAAUUCGGAAAAAAAAAUUGUUCAAUUUCUCUCUCUCUCUCUAACUCUCUGUACGAAUAGAUAAAUCUUAUUUGUAUAGAAAAGUACCGAGAGACAGAGAGAUAGAGAGGAUUGAGGAAAAAUCUCAUUUAUAAUAAUUCUAAUCUUGUAUAAUUUUCCAAAUUUUCCUCAAUUCGAAAUUUUUCAUAAUGUAUAGAAA